AAUUAUAAUGGUGUUAACAUUAUCUCUGUGGUCUGAUUAAUCUGAUUUACAACUUGUUAAGUAUUCACUGUGAAGAAGAUUUUUUUUUUUAACUUAUUGAUCACUAUUUUAAUUAAACUCUAAUUGUAGCUUGACGCUUGAGUGACUUGGGACUGGCCCUCCACUACUAAGUUUUUGACCACUAGUUCCUCAACUCUAGAUUUGGUACAAAAUCUCAUGCACGGAAUCCUAGUGCUAGUCUAUUUUUACAUAUUGGUAAAUGAAUACAAGAACUUACUUCAGUGACAGUAAAGCUUCAACUUUAAAAUAAAAUCUUGAUAAAUGAAGAAAUAAAUUGAAAAAGUGAACAUGAAUCUAUCAGAUGAAGUUUUGUAUAAAUUAAAGAAUUAAUCAUGACAGUGAAAGAAGAUACAUAAAUGCUGUAGUACUGAAUAAAUACCUAGCUUUGGCCUUUAGGAGUGAUCUAGUUGUAUUCUAAAGUCUAGCUAAGAAAUACCAAAAAUCUUACCUUCCAAUGGUAUAUGAAAAUAUUUUAUUUUAAUGUGUCAAUUAAUUAAAAACUUGUUUAUAUAACUUUCUGUAUCAUUAAAAUACUAAAUAAUUAACUGGAUAAUAAAAAGUAUAAGAUAUGAAAUUGUUGAAUAUCUAUUAAAAUGGUAAAACCAUAUUAGUAAAAAAAUGGAAAUAUGAUUAAUCAAAGAAAAAAUAUGAAAGUUUAUUUUGAGGGAAACAUUUUAUUAUAUUUUAGAUUUGGAAGUGGGUUGUUCUCUGUGUCAAUACCCUAAUUAAAAAAAACUAAUAUGUGUCAAUAGAGAUUUUUUUACUAUGUAGUUCUACAUAUUUUGCAUAGAGUUACAAGUCUGAAACUGUAUUUUAUGAUGUAGCUUUUAGUGAAUAAAUUUAAUAAUGUGUAUGAUAGUUAUAAAAAUGGAAUUUGAUUACCAUUAACAAAACAAGAAAAGUUACUUUGUAUAUAAAAUAUAUAAUUUGGAUUCAUUUUCAUAAAUUUGAGAUGAUUUAGUUUAAUUUGGCUAAACCACAACAACUCAAAAGUCAAAACAUAUUUAAAAGCUGCACAAAUCUUUUUGCUAAGAAUUGUUUUUGUUUUAUACAAAAAUCAAAUCAAAAUUGAAUGUGGUUUCACAAAAAUAAACAAAUAUGAUAAAUUUGGAUUUUUAGGAAGUGCAUCAUCGUGAUUGCAGAAACACGUGAGACCAAAAUAUUAAGAACCCUAAUUUAUAAAUAGUUGAUUACUAAUUAAAAUAUAAAGAUAUAAGUAUAUUGAAUUACUGUCGGUGAUUGGUUAAGAUAUACCUAUCUUCUUUAGUUUUAUUUUACUUUUUAAAUCAUUAAAUUUUACUAAUUAUGAUGUAGCUUUGUUUAAAAAGUUAAAACCUACAUCAAAAAAUUCUACUAGUCUUUAUCAAUCAUGAUUUAGCUUUAUUUUUAAAACUAAAAAAAAACUCUUUAUGUAUAUUGGACAAAAAAUCUUAUAGCUUUAUUAUUCAGACAGUAGAAUCUGUAAAAUGAAAAAAAUAAUAUUUAAUAUAAAAUAAAUUAGAUAGUUGUAGGUAAAAUUUAUUACUAUUUAUAUAGUACAUCAACUAAUAGUAAAUUUCUGACAUUUCAUAUUUUUUAUUAAUAUAAAAUAUUUUAAUUGAGAUAUGUACAUCACAUAUCUCAUAUGUUUUAUUUUAAAAUAUUUAUAGCCAAAAACUUAUAGGUAUAACCAGCUUAACUAUAGAAAAAAAUCUUGAAAAUAAAAUUUAUCAUAAAUUUAGAAUUACAACAAAUCACAUAUAAUAAAAAAGUUACAGUUAAAUUCUUACAGCUGCAAUCCUCCAAACUUGUGUUUGAAAAAAGAAAAAAAAAAUCCUCCACACUGUAUGUGUCUUUCUUAUAUAUUUUUUUCCUUGUCUUAAUAAAAACACUUUGUAAUCCCAAUCAAAUAUUUUCUUAUGAUGAAAGAGAUAUGUCAAAUUUUAAAAUAAAAUAAAUGAAAUCCAUAUAAAAUCUUGAUUUAAUUGCCAUAAAUAGCAAUGCCCACGAAAAAAAAUAAAUCACCUAUUAGUAUUCCUUAAUUCCUAAAUGCACGAUUGAUUAUACGUGUUUGGUUCCAAACCAAAAACGUGAACUCAACUUUAUGGUUAAACACACAUAAAACCACGUUCUGCGUUUGGUAAACUAGGAAACUAAAUCAAUCAUAGAUAUACCUUUGAAUAUAACCAAAAGAAAAUAUGGUAACAGUAAAUAAAAAUAUGUAAAAUUAACAUAGACAAAAUAAUAGUCUUUGCUUACAUAAUUACCAUGAAGGUAUUUACUAGUCAAAAGAGAUUUGAGUUCUGAAUUUACACAGUCAAACAGGACCUAGUAGGUUAAAGUCAUAUCUUUUUAUGGUUUGGUAAGUGACUAAGUGCUACAAAGACUAGAUAUGAUACCCAACUAUAGCAUUUAAUUAAAAAUUAAAUUGAUGCCAAAAAUAAUAAUUAAAACUUAAAUAGCAAAAGCUAAUUUUUAUAUAUUAAUGAAAUAAAUAGAGACUAUUCAUCCAACGUGAGGCACAAUACAGCCUCUUCCUCACUCUUGUGCUAUAGCCUCUUCUUAUUUUUCUCUCUAUUGCCUCUUCUCAAUCUUCAACUUCUUCUAUAACUCCUUCUCCUUUGUCCUUUACUCGAUUUUCAUAUCUGUGGGAUUUUGUUGAGGUGGAGAGAUUGCCUUCUUCACUAAGUUAGGGAUAAGAAGGAACCCUAAUUAUCAGCUGGGUGAGAUCUUCCAGCUUUGGCUUUGUGGUGGUUCAAACAAGCAAAUGGACCAGUGUCGAUUCUCACUUGGGAGGCCCAGGCUUGGAUCUAUCAAGUUUAAAGUUCCAAAAUCAUCACAGCCUUUCAUUUCUCAGAAAAGAAAAGAGAUGGAAGAAGAAGAUCAAGCUGAAGAAGAAGCUAAAAGCAUCGGUUUCAGGGAAGAAGAAGAAGACGGUGAGGAUGAUGAUGGAGCUAAGAGUAUUGAAGAAGAAGAAGAGAAGAAGCAUAUAUGCUGUGAAUGUGGUAAACGUUUUAAGUCAGGCAAGGCGUUAGGCGGUCAUAAAAGGAUUCACGUGCUCGAAGCUCGGAAAUUUUCAAUGGUGAGACCGAAGAUGGUGGCCGGUGCGGUUGGUAGAUCUGAGGAGAGAGAUGACUUCGAAGUUGAUUGCUGUGUUUGUCAUAAGAAGUUCACAUCGAUGAAGGCUUUGUAUGGACAUAUGAGGUUUCAUCCAGACAGAGGAUGGAAAGGUGUUUUGCCUCCUCAUCAUCAUCAUCCACUUGAUCAUGAUGGUGGUGAGUUUAUAAGCUCUGACUAUGAUGAUGAUGAUGAUGGUGAUGGUGAUUAUGAGGAUGAUGAUGAGAACUCGGAGUUAUGGGAUAAUCAUUGGGGAUUGGAUAACGUGGUUGACCUUAAGGACUCAAUCAAAGGAUGGGCGGUGACAGGAAAGAGAGGAAGGAGAAGUGCUUUGAAGGAUCCACCACCAGAAUAUGUUGAUGCUAAGGAUCUAUUGUUCUUAGCUACUACAGCAGAAGCUGUAGAUCUCGAUGCUGCAGAGACUUGUGAUUCACGCUCGGUUGAAGAGAUGAUGAAGAAGAGGAAAAAGAAGAGGAAAAGAUUGUCUGAGAUGGAGAAAGAAUCAACAUCUAGUCAUGAUCAUCAUCAUCAGCUUGAGGUUGGUGCUGCUGAGGAAGGUGGUGGUGGUGCACGUGAGAAGCACGUGUGUGUCACUUGCAACAAGUCGUUUGCUUCUUAUCAAGCUUUAGGAGGUCAUAGAGCGAGUCACAACAAGGUCAGGAUCUCGGAGAAUCAUCAAGCUAGGGCUAACAGUGAAGCUGUGUUACUUGGAACCGAAGCAAUGAUGGCCGGUUUAGCUACUGCUCAAGGACCAAACACAUCUUUGAGCAUUGGCAAUAAGGGAGAUCAUGUUUGUAACAUUUGUCAGAAAAGUUUCACAACAGGUCAAGCUCUUGGAGGUCACAAGAGAUGCCACUGGCCUGGACCAACUUCUAAUGACGCUGCAACCGCUCCUGUACCAGCUUCUAAUGAAUCUGCAACCACUGCUCCAACCCCUCUAGUAGCAUGUUCUUCUAGUCAAGUAACAGAGACAGUGCAAGAGGAGAAGAAAUUGAAGAGAAAGUUUCUAGAGUUUGACUUGAAUGAGUUGCCACCUAAUGAAGAGUAAGGAGUGCAAGAAACGUAUAUAUGCAGACAAGUAAGCUUUUUUAAUUUUUAUAAACCCCAAAGAAAAAGUAGAAGGAAAAAGAAUAUGAAUUUAGGGAGUAUCUCAUGGUAAAAAGAGUUGUUGACAUUGUAAUCUAAGAAAAGAGAGAAAGAUACUUUUGGUUCUUGGCUCUUGAGAUUCUUGGUGUUUGGCUUUUUAAUCUAAUUUGGUGGGGUCUCUUGUUAAUUUGAUGUGAGGAUUUACAUACUCUUUUGUAUUCUUCUCUCAAUCUUUGAUUUUUCUUUCUUCAUUGUGCUUUUGGAUUCACAUAAAGCAUGAUGGUUUAAAUUGACCAAAGUUUCAUAAAGUAUAACUAUCUUAUUCAUCUCACUAUCUUAUCUUUCUUUUUUCUUCUUUUAAAAACAAAUGGUUUCUCCAUAACUAUAUUGGAUAAUCAGAUAUUUAUUGUGACGAUUUGAUGAUGAUUAAUAGUAGAAAUUGCUGCAGUUUAAUCGGAAUACUGAACUAUAAACAAACAAAAUUAACAUUUUCAUAAUCUGUAUUUGUAGAAUAGUGGUACACUAUGAAAUGAUAUGGUUCUAAGUUCAUAGUGGAAAAAUUCCAACACACUGGUGGUAUAUUAUUUUGUUUUCUUUACAAUAUCUUAGCAUUAUAUGACAUAUCGCAAAUUCAAGUUUUGAACCACAUCAACAGUUGAGGUAGAUAUAAACAAAAAAGGAAUCAAAUCUCUAUAUUUAAGUGUAAUCCUCUUGUAUUAA